GAGACAGAUAUAUGGCAGGUGUAAAGAAAUGUUAAUUCUUAUGCAGGUGACCAUCUUAUGCAGGUGACCAACUUACUGCUAUUGCCUUGCUGUAACUUAGACAACACAUAGCAACGUAUUUUCACAGACUCACUUAAAUCAUCCACAACACUGUCAAAAUAGGAUACAUCCUAGCCACAGGUGCUAGCCUUCAGUUCGGCCACAACAUCCAGUGAGGACACGAACGCACACACAUUACACACUAACUACCGAGGACAUACAGAUAAGACUCCUACACACAUUGGCAGGGAGAAACAGAAUAGGGAGAGACAACCUUGAUUUGGAGACAAACCAGCGCACACACAUAACCUCCGUUUUCUAGCUGAACAUUGUGUGACUGAGAACAGGCAUGGAGGGAUUCUACGAUGACGGACAGACAACUGAGCCAAUGACGGAAGACUACACCCCAGCCUGAGCCUGAACCAAUCCGAAGAACCGAACUUCUAGAAUCAACCUACUUUCUGUUCUGUAUUAAUUGCUUGUGCAAACGAUUAGCGGGGCUUUUUUUGUUGGUUCCUCAUGAGCUAAUAGAAGGGCCCGUAUAUACGCUGUACCAGAUAUCUUUACUCUGAAUAAACUGUCGCUUGUCAUACAAUCUACCACCUUGUCUGCAUCGAUCCUUGACCGGCUCGCCCUUCAUCAUAUCUCUUUAUCAACACAGGCAAUCAAUGACGUGUGGAGUCCAGGUGAGUCCGAUGAAGCACUGGCGCGCGCAACGUUGGUGGCAGGUGCGCGUUAUGGUGAGCAGCCUGGCAACCUCGAGCGUCUUAGCGACAAAACUAAUGAACAAUGUGACCACACCCACAGUGAGUCAGGAUUUCAAGAGAAAUGAAUUUUCUUCUUCUGACACUAUAUGUUCCCGUUCUCUUCAGUCAGUGAAGUACCCACCUCAGUUCUCUAUUUUACGCUCUGGACUAGUUACCGCACACAACUUGGUUAGCUGUAGAUCAGACACAAUGGCAAGUAAAAUGACAGCCUCUGUCUCAUUGGAACAGGACCUCUUCAAAUGUCCCAUCUGUCUAGACCUGCUGAAAGAUCCAGUGACUAUGCCUUGUGGACACAGUCACUGUAUGGGCUGUAUCCAGGGCUUAUGGGAGCAGGAGGACCAGAUAGGAGGUCAGAUCUGCCCCCAGUGCAAAGAAGGUCUUACACAACCUUGGCCCACUCUGAACCAAAAUACUAUUCUGGCUGAAAUGGUGGCGAAACUGAAGAAGACAGAACUCCAAGCUGCUCCUCUUACGGAAGAUGUGGUUGCAUGUGACUUCUGCACUAGAGGAGCGAACCAAGCUGUCAAGUCCUGCCUGGUGUGCCUGGCUUCUUACUGUGAGACUCACCUAAAGCCCCACUAUGAAAACCCUUCAUUUGGAAGGCACAAGCUGCUGGAUGCCACCCGACAAUUACAGGAACGGGUUUGCUCAACUCAUCACAAACUCCUGGAGGUUUACUGCAGAACCGACAAACUGUGUGUGUGUGUGAGUUGUGCACUGUACGAUCACAAAGGCCAUGUCACCUUCGCUGCAUCAGCUGAAAGAAUGGAGAAGCAGAAAGAGACAGAGGCCACAGGAGGAUCAUGUAGACAGAAAGUCAAGGAAAAGGAAGAGGAGGUGGAGCACCUGAGGGGAGCUUUGAUGUCGUUUAAGCGCUCUGCAAGGGAAGCUGUUCUGGAUAGCACCAGGACGCUCUCAGAGCUGAAAGUAUAUCUGGAGCGGAGGGGCAACCAAGUGAAGGAGCUGAUCAGGGCUCAGGAAAAGGUGGAGGUGAACUGGGCGGAGGCCCAACUGCAGCGUCUGGAGCAGGAGAUUAUUGCACUGAAGAAGAGAGACUCGGAGCUGAAGAAACUCACCCUGACCCAAGAUGACGCAUACUUCCUUCAGCAUUACCAAGACCCCAGGAGCUCUCAUGUAUCUGAAGACCUGCCGAGCAUCAACAUUGACCCGCUGUGUGAUUUUGGGACAGUAAAGAGAGCUUAUACUCAUUUCAAGGAGCAGUUGGAAUGCUUCUGUGAUGGAGGAAUGAAGAGGAUAUUGAACACAGUAAAAGCCAUCCAUAUGCUUCAGUCACCAAAGCCCAGCCAAUUUUCAGCUCCAAAGACAAUUGGUCAAACCAAUGGGAGCCCCCCAGCCUUCAAGCCCGCCCUGGUAAUGGGGGAACCUGCAGUAACCUGCGACACUCCCCUUCCCCUCUGUACAAAGUCCUCUAUCUUGAAGUGCUCUUCUAUGAGCAAAUCUCCAACUGGCUCAGCGAUCCUAUUCACCGAAAAAGAGCCAUCAAAUGACACUAAGCCUGCUGCUAGAGUAGAGACCAUCCUCAUCAAACCCUUGUCCACCACUGACAACCUUCUCUUGACCAAAUCGGCAUCUAAUAUGAACAUCAAUCCCCUGCUUACUAAAUCCUCAUCUAACACUGAAGGGUUCACCAAACCUGCAUCUGGAGCUGGUAUAGCAGUCCUUAACAGCACACCUGCUACCACAACAAGUAGCAGCAUUUUCAAUUGUCCUGUCGGUGUUUGUGGUAAGCCUGCAGUUGACGUGGAUGAUUUUUGUAAGGCAGCAUUAAACACUGACAGCGGUCCUUUCACCAAACUUGUAUCUGACAACAAUAGUAGGGAAAAGCCUAGCACAGGUUUCUCCUUUGGCGAGCCUAAAUGUAACGCAGGAUCACCCCUCUUUGGCAAGCCUGCAUCUAACACAGGUUCGUCCCUCUUUGGCAAGCCUGACUCUAACACAGGAUCGACCCUCUUUGGCAAGCCUGCAUCUAACACAGGUUCACCCCUCUUUGGCAAGCCUGAAGCUAACACAGGUUUAUCCCUCUUUGGCAAGCCUGAAGCUAACACAGGUUCACCCCUCUUUGGCAAGCCUGAAGCUAACACAGGUUUAUCCCUCUUUGGCAAGCCUGAAGCUAACACAGGAUUCUCAUUUGGCAAGCCUGAAUCUAACACAGGUUCACCCCUCUUUGGCAAGCCUACAUCUAACACAGGUUCACUCCUCUUUGGCAAGCCUGCAUCUAACACAGGUUCACCCCUCUUUGGCAAGCCUGCAUCUAACACAGGUUCACUCCUCUUUGGCAAGCCUGCAUCUAACACAGGUUCACCCCUCUUUGGCAAGCCUGAAUUUAACACAGGUUCACCCCUCUUUGGCAAGCCUGCAUCUAACACAAGUUCACCCCUCUUUGGCAAGCCUGCAUUUAACACAGGUUCACCCCUCUUUGGCAAGCCUGCAUCUAACACAGGUUCACCCCUCUUUGGCAAGCCUGCAUUUAACACAGGUUCACCCCUCUUUGGCAAGCCUGAAGCUAACACAGGUUUAUCCCUCUUUGGCAAGCCUGAAGCUAACACAGGAUUCUCAUUUGGCAAGCCUGCAUCUAACACAGGUUCACCCCUCUUUGGCAAGCCUGCAUCUAACACAGGUUCACCCCUCUUUGGCAAGCCUGCAUCUAGCACAGGUUCACCCCUCUUUGGCAAGCCUGCAUCUAGCACAGGUUCACCCCUCUUUGGCGAGCCUGAAUCUAGCACAGGUUCACCCCUCUUUGGCAAGCCUGCAUCUAGCACAGGUUCACCCCUCUUUGGCAAGCCUGCAGACCAGCCUGGUGUCGUGGAGAUUUCUAUUUUAGAAAACUAAACCAAGCAUUCUCCUAUCAAUGAAGAAAUGCUGUUAUCAGGAUUACACAUCAUGGGAUUACACUAGAAAUUGUAAAUAAAUAAUAAUACAAUGAGUUUGCCCAUGUUAAUAUACACAUGUGUACUUUGAUUUGUUAUGCAGUACCAAUACUGUGAUGGAUUUGAUGUUCUCUGUACUGAAUUAAAUGGAUUUCUUCCACUGAUUUAAAAACUGUAAUAUACCCAUGAUAAUUUAACAAUUUUCUGCCAAAGAUGGCAUUCAAACAUCAGUCUCACUCUUAUGCAGUCCCUAAAUUCUUGUGGUCUGUUUUGAAAAAUAUGUAUUCUGACUUCAAUGGGACAAUCUGGCUAAAUAAAAUAAAUACAAAUGUGACAGCUUGAUAUUAUGUUGGCGCAAUUGUAGUUUCUUACA